UAGUAAUCGUAAUCUGAGCAACAAUGCUGCGAUUUUUAAUGAGAUAUCUGGCCAAUAACGAACGUUUGGUUUCGAAAUUGGCUGAGAGCAAGCCAAUGAGACGAGCAGCUCAAUUUGUCGUCUACGUCUGGCUCAAGACGAAGUCGAUUCAUGGAGUUCAGAAUCUUUCUGCUGAUCCUAGAGAAUUUGCUGCGCAGCUUAAAAAUAUAGUGAGGAAAUACGCGAGUAAUAUCAGGGAGGGGAUCGAAGAUGCUAAAAAAGAGCUGAAAAAAAAGUGAUUAGUGGAGAUAAUUGUAAAUGACGGAUUUUCGAAUUUUUUUUUCUGUGAUUGCACUGAGAAAACAAUUAUUUCUCUCAAUUAAAAUUCUCGUUUCAAUUCUUGUCUUACGUAAAUUCGUAUAGCACAAGUGAAUUUGAUUGGUAGAAAUGUUUUUCUCAGUGCGGAGGCAACAUAAAAUAAUUUUGAAGUAAUUAAAGACACAUUAUCAUUUGAA